GGUUCUCCACUUCUGUGCUUCCUGUUUGUUGUCAUCGUCGUCGUUUGCAUUAGGGAGAAAUCAAGAUGUCUUUCGAUCUGAGUUCAGCGGUAGAGGAACCGAUGAAGAAGGAGGACGCAUCAAAGGAUGAGUUCAGCUGGCCUUGGAGCAAGAAGAAGGAGGAGAAGGGCGACAGCAAAGACAAAAGUGAUGACAAGAAGAAAUGUGACAAAAAAGAUGGAAAGAAAUGUGACGGUAAAAAGGAUGGAAAGAAAUGUGACGGUAAAAAGGAGGGUGGAGAGCACAAGAAGAAAAAGAAAGACCACAAGAGUGGGGAAGGGUCAAACACCUCUUCUUCCUCCUCUUCUUCCUCCAGCAGUAGCGAUGAGAACUGAUGCUUUCUGUGGGACCAGUCUGGUGUGCUGUUAGUGUGUGUGCGUGUUUGGAUGCAAUCUUUAAUUUCAGGGAAGUAUACAGUAUAUACUGUAAUUAAACAACAUAUAUGAAAAUAAUGUGUUUUACCACAAGGUGGUGUUACCAGUUUGGGGGUGGGGGUGG